CCGCGGCCGCCGAGGCCCGUGCCCCGCGGGGGGAACAGAUGAAGCACAUCUGGACAGCUGUGCUGAGAAGCUGUGCGGCCCCCUCGCUGGCCGACGUCAGCCGAGCACGUCCCCCACGUCCUCUCCUUCUCGCCACUUAUUAUUUAUUCGUUUUCCCAAAGAAGCGACUAGGGACCCAAGUUUAAAACCUCCCCGCCCCCCCCAAAUGCGAGACGUGGCCAGAUCCCAUCCAACACACGGUUUAAUUUUCAUGGGGCUCUGGGAUCAAAAGAACCGAAACAGCAACAACAAAAGCCCAGCCGCUGUCUGAUUUUAAGUUGGCAAAGUGGGAAAAAUAAAGUGUUGAGUAAACAGACCAAGUUGGAAACUUUUCAGCAUUACCUAAGAAACAAAGGCUCAAUUUUGGCUGCUUCAUUCUUAUCCCUUCUGCCACAGUUCUAACGUGCUUGAUCUGCUGAGACCAAGGAUGACCAAUGACUCAGAAGGGAAAAUGGGAUUUAAACACCCAAAGAUCAUGGGGAAUUUCAGAGGUCAUGCCCUACCUGGAACCUUCUUUUUUAUUAUUGGUCUUUGGUGGUGUACAAAGAGUAUUCUGAAGUAUAUCUACAAAAAGCAAAAGCGAACCUGCUACCUUGGUUCCAAAACAUUAUUCUAUCGAUUGGAAAUUUUGGAGGGAAUUACAAUAGUUGGCAUGGCUUUAACUGGCAUGGCUGGGGAGCAGUUUAUUCCUGGAGGGCCCCAUCUGAUGUUAUAUGACUAUAAACAGGGUCACUGGAACCAACUCCUGGGCUGGCAUCAUUUCACCAUGUAUUUCUUCUUUGGGCUGUUGGGUGUGGCAGAUAUCUUAUGUUUCACCAUCAGUUCACUUCCUGUGUCCUUAACCAAGUUAAUGUUGUCAAAUGCCUUAUUUGUGGAGGCUUUUAUCUUCUACAACCACACUCAUGGCCGGGAAAUGCUGGACAUCUUUGUGCACCAGCUGCUGGUUUUGGUCAUCUUUCUGACAGGCCUCGUUGCCUUCCUAGAGUUCCUUGUUCGGAACAAUGUACUUCUGGAGCUAUUGCGGUCAAGUCUCAUUCUGCUUCAGGGGAGCUGGUUCUUUCAGAUUGGAUUUGUCCUGUAUCCCCCCAGUGGAGGUCCUGCAUGGGAUCUGAUGGAUCAUGAAAAUAUUUUGUUUCUCACCAUAUGCUUUUGUUGGCAUUAUGCAGUAACCAUUGUCAUCGUUGGAAUGAAUUAUGCUUUCAUUACCUGGUUGGUUAAAUCUAGACUUAAGAGGCUCUGCUCCUCAGAAGUUGGACUUCUGAAAAAUGCUGAACGAGAACAAGAAUCAGAAGAAGAAAUGUGACUUUGAUGAGCUUCCAGUUUUUCUAGAUAAACCUUUUCUUUUUUACAUUGUCUUUGUUCUUGGUUUUGUUUCUUGAUCUUUUGUUUGGAGAACAGCUGGCUAAGGAUGAUCUAAGUGUACUGUUUGCAUUUCCAAUUUGGUUAAAGUAUUUGAAUUUAAAUAUUUUAUUUUUAGUUUUGAAAAUAUUUUGGGUGAUACUUUCAUUUUGCACAUCAUGCACAUCAUGGUAUUCAGGGGCUAGAAUGAUUUUUUUCCAGAUUAUCUAAAGUUGGAUGCCCACACUAUGAAAAAAAUAUUUGUUUUAUUUGCCUUAUAGAUAUUCUCAAGGUUGCUGGGCUUGCUACUAUUUGUAACUCCUUGACCAUGGAAUUACACUUGUUUAUCUUGUUGCUGCAAUGAGGAAUAAAUGAAUGUAUGUAUUUUGGUGCAGACACCUGAAA